UGUGAUUGCGACGUAUACGCUUACAAGGCGUUGAUGCGCUCACCACCACCACCUGUCGCUCUCUACCACGCUUACCAUACACUCUCUAUCUGCCAAUCGCCCCUCCGCGACACCGAUAUAAUUCCAACCCAACCUCCACAUGAUACGGAAGACUAUUCGUAACCCCACCCGCUUCGACGAUUGCUACGCUACGCAGAAAAGAACGGCAACGAAACGAAAGGAAAAAGGAAAAAGUUACCAUACCUAUCUAUCUAUUCACAGCCACUACUACAACUACUACUCUCGCUACGACCGUGUCAUGACCCGACUCGUUAUCUACCGGCGUUUUGAGUUGAUCGUUACAUUCUGUUUUGUGUUUUCUUGUUUCUCUAUAUCUUCUGCGUCUCUCCUCUACGAACCCUACUUAUCUAUCUAGCUAUCUCUAUUCUUACUCCUUCGGGUUCUGGUUCUGGUUUUUGCUCUAUAAACCCCUCCGUGGAAAUUAUGAUGUACAUAGGAUAACAGAGAUGAGGAGGGAGGAGUUUUGUUUCCGUU